AGUUGAGUAGCAACUUUCGGACAGUUCGUAGUGACAUUCAAAGACGCAGACGAUGGUUCUUGUAGCGUACGCACUGUGGCUAUUAGCGUUGCCUCUGGUGGUCGUGACUACUGAGACGCAUUGUAGCGGCGCACCAGACCCACUAUGUAAUGCGAAACCUGGGGCAAAAUACAAGGAGCCUCCAACCACAGACUCAGAAGUGUCGUACAAAGAGUUGAAGGAGUUGUUAUCCAGUGGCAGUGUUCAACUGUUUGAUGUCCGCAAUCCAGAUGAGUUUAAGGCAGGACAUAUUCCCGACUCCACCAAUGUCCCACUUGGGGAACUCCAGGAGGCCCUGGAACUGAGCCCAGACCAGUUCAGACAGAGGUAUGGAGUACGAGUCCCUGAUAAGGAGGAUGGUGACAUUGUGGUCUACUGCCAGCGGGGUCGUCGGAGUGCUACUGCCCUGGAUAUCAUGUGGGCCCUGGGAUUCAGCAGAGCCCGUCACUACCCUGGAGGAUACAGUGCCUGGGUACAACAUGAAGAGGGGCCCUGAAGAGUGAUCUACAGGUUUUCAAAUCUGGGCCAGUCUGUAUGCUUGAAUUCCUUUUGAAGCCAAAUAUAUUUUAGGAUGCAUUGCUGGUAGACGUGAUCACAUUUACUGUUAAAUCAUUCCUUAUAUGUAUUUUUGAAUAUGUAUUUUUCAUGAAAAAAGUGAAAUGUAGGGGUAGGUGAAGGCAGGGUGUGCUUUAAUUGCACUGUACAGAUUUGAACCAAUGCUCUCGCGUAGGUGUGCUCUUGAGGCUGCCGUUUUGGCCAUCCCAGAACACAGGGUAAUUCGACUGAAAGUUUGUAUUUUUUAUAAUGAUUUAUGCACACAUUGCCUAACACCAAAUAAAGGUAAAGCCUGUGAAUUG